AUGCCAGGCAAUUGUGGCGCCUCACUCACAACAAUCCAAACGCGCAACUCGAACCACUCUCAAGGCACCCCUUUUGCCUACAUACCUUCCAAGUUCAGAAAUCUACACCCUUACGCCAACGCGCCAAACGCACCACUACAAACCCAGCCACACGCUCACGCGACAAAGCUCUUUCUCAUGACUACCAUCGAAAACCUUAAGACUAUCGACCCCUUCGCGGACGCGGACGAGGGCGAUGCCAACAACGCCCAGAAGAAGGGCCAGGACUACAUUCACAUCCGUAUCCAACAGCGCAAUGGCCGCAAGACUCUCACUACCAUCCAGGGCCUGCCCAAGCGAUUCGACCAGAAGAAGAUCCUCAAGGUCAUAAAGAAGAAGUUUGCCUGCAACGGCACCAUCGUGGAGGACACGGACCUCGGCGAGGUUAUUCAGCUCCAGGGUGACCAGCGCAAGGCCAUUCACGACUUCCUCAUCGAUAAGCAGGAGGGUCUUGAGAUGGACUCCAAGCUCGUCAAAGUCCACGGCUUCUAA